AUGUCUGAUAGGUUGACACAGCUACAGAUUUGUCUAGAUCAGUUGAUUGAUCAGUUUAAUGCAACUGUAAACUAUGUAAAUUCACAUGCUCCACCUGCUUUGUUGGACGAUGAUAUGCCAACAUCUGUUUCAAAUCUUGCUGCAAAAGCACCAUUACCACAGCAGCAACAACAGCAACAGCAACAGCAACAGCAACAGCAGCAACAACAGCAACAACCACAGCAACAGCAACAGCAACAACAGCAGCUGCCAGAGAUACAGCAACCAGCAGCAAAUGAACCUACAGCUUCUUCAUCUCUGAAUUUAGAUGCAGAUACAGAAGUAGAGUUCUCAAACACAAUAGACGAACUAUCUUCAGAUAUAGUGCUAAAGAGCAAACAAAUCAAAAUGUUGAUAGAUUCCUUACCAGGAAUCGGAGUUAGUCCCGAAGAACAGUUGAACGAAAUUGCCGAAUUGAGUACAAAACUACAACAAAUUGAACAAAAACGAUUGUUGAAAAUCAAAGAAAAGGAUGAAUUGUUGAAAAAAGUUGACGAUUUGAUUAAAGAAUUGGCAACAGGGAUAUCCAAGUCGAGAUUACUUGAAAUAAAGUGA